AUGAAGGCAAACAACUGCAGCGACUCAUCACCUCCACCAUCAGCGAGAACCAAUAACAGCCCCUCGAGCACGUCCUUGAACGAAAUGGAACAAGACUGCGAUUUAACUUUCCCAGACGGUGGCUGGCGCGCAUGGGGCGUUGUUCUUGGCUCCUGGUGUGCGAUGGUGCCGUCUUUUGGACUCAUGAAUACGAUUGGUGUGUUUGAAGCAUGGCUGGCAGACCAUCAAUUAAAAGACUAUUCGAAAGCUUCCAUAGGCUGGAUAUUUAGUCUUUAUAUAUUCUUCCUUUAUUUUGGAAGUAUCCAAGUUGGGCCUAUUUUUGACGCGCAUGGGCUAAAGCCUUUACUGAUUCCUGGGUGUGUCGGACUUGUCGCAUCAUUGAUGGUUUUCAGCGUGGCAGAAGAAUAUUAUCAAUUCAUGCUGGGGUUCAGUGUUCUUGGCGGUAUUUCAUCGUCCAUGGUUUUCACACCUAGCGUUGGUUGCAUAGCUCAUUGGUUUCUUCGACGCCGUGCUUUGGCUACGGGAGUAGCAGCGACUGCUGGAGGAAUCGGAGGUAUUAUUUUCCCUGUUCUGGUCUCCAAUCUCGCUGGGAGCCUAGGAUUCCCAUGGGCCAUUCGAAUCGUUGGCUUCAUAAGUGUUCUGUUCUGUUCUAAAGGGAAGAUUGAUAUCAAAUCUUUGAGUGAACUCCGCUUCUCAUUGUUGACGGCUGCCAUCGUUUUAAUCGAUUUUGCUCUACUGAUUCCGUUGACUUAUCUACCUUCAUAUGCUCAAUCUCGUGGCCUGGGUGAUUCUUUUGCAUACAACCUAUCACCUAUUCUGAACGCAGCGUCAAUAUUAGGACGGAUUGUCCCGGGAUAUUAUGCUGACCGAUUUGGGCGUUUUAAUGUGAUGAUCGUAACGGCAUUCGUCUGUUCGGUGAUUACUUUCGCUCUCUGGCUUCCAUCCCAGUCCAAUCGCGCCGCCAUUUUGGCGUACGCUGUGCUUUUCGGAUUUUGGAGUGGCUCUGCAAUUAGUCUCUCCCCUGUUUGCGUUGCGCAAAUUUCCAAAACCGAAGAUUUUGGAAAGCGUUAUGGUACUACCUAUUUUCUGGUCAGUCUGGGUACCCUUGUUGCUAUUCCAAUUGCUGGCGAACUUUUAAAGGUUCAGCCACCAAAUGGGGGAUUGGAUAACUAUUAUGGCUUAAUUGUCCUUUGCGGGCUGGCUUAUUUUUUUGCAUGUCUUUUUUUUAUUUUAUCUAGAGCUGUGAGCGUUGGUUGGGGAUUCAAGGUUUUUUAG